GAAGACAGUAAGUUCUAUUAAACAAAGGCAAAUAGAUGGGGAGUUGUGUGGCUUGGUACCCUUUUAUGCUAAUGCUAGCAAUUACUUUUGCCUUUGCCAUUACUAAUGUACUUCUCAAGAAACUUAUCAUUGAUGGGUUGAACCAUUUAGUUUUCAUCACUUAUCGGCAGUCAAUUUCAACAAUAUUUUUAGCCCCCAUUGCCUUAUUUGUAGAAAGGAAUACCAGACCAAAACUUACCCCACGCAUUCUGUGUCACCUUUUUGUUUGUGCAAUUGUUGGGGCAUCCGUGACUCAAUACUUGUUCCUUGUUGGCGUGGAAUACACGUCUGCAACUUACGCUUGUGCUUUUCUGAACAUGGUUCCUGUUGUCACAUUUUUAAUGGCAUUGCCUUUCGGGUUGGAGACAAUAAACAUCAGAAGUAACAGCGGGAUAGCAAAGGUGAUUGGUAUAGUAAUCUGUCUAGGAGGUGCUCUUUUACUGACUUUCUACAAAGGAAUCCCUUUAGUUAAACUUCCACCACCCUCUGAAACGGCCGUAAGUCCUUCUGCUCAAGAAACCACUAGGCCCCGUGGGGAAAGAUGGAUAUUGGGUUCAGUGGCAAUGUUUGCUGGGACGCUGUUAUGGUCGUCAUGGUUCCUCAUUCAGUCAAAGGUUUCCAAAAGCUACCCUUGCCACUACUCUAGCACUGUCAUCAUGAACUUCUUUAGUGCAAUACAGUCUGCUGUCCUAAGUUUUUGCACUGACAGAAGCCUUUCCAUUUGGAUUCCAAAGAAAAAGUUUGACAUGGUCCAUGUCACAUACACUGGGUUUGUUAGUUCGGGUUUAUGCGUUGUGGGAAUGUCAUGGUGUGUCAAGAAGAGGGGGCCUGUUUUCACAGCAGCAUUCAGUCCUGUGGUGCAAGUUGUGGCAGCCAUGAUAGACAUUCCCGUUCUGCAUGAACAACUCCAUAUGGGAAGUAUAAUAGGGUCUGUCAUCGUUAUAAGUGGGCUGUACUUUCUGCUAUGGGGAAAGAAUAAAGACAUGCAGAAAGUAACACAAGAAAGGGAAGAUGCAAAGGACCUGGAAUCAACUUUCCAAGUUGGUGAAGCCAAUGGUGGAUCAAGAAUGCCAUGAUGAUCACCUUGCCCAACAAUCUUCUUGUUCAUGGACCGAUUUUUUCUGAGUUAUUAGUAUUUGGUUCAUGUCAAUCAAGAAUGGGUUGGUUACUUUUUGGUAAAGCUUUAGAUGAAAGUCUCCUACAAGACCCCACCGGUGGAAUGAUUUCACAUGGAGGUGGUACAAAUUGUCCCAUGUAUCAUUUGAUUUGAAAACGUAAAGUUUCAUUUUGUGUUAUUUAAUCUUCUAUAUAAUGGUAUAAAACUAGUUUUAAAAAUUCCACUAUAUAUGAGUAAAAAUGAGGUGAAAUUCAAAAUUAUGAACACUAUGCUUAUAUUUUUUAUAAAUAAGUAAUUAUUGUCAUGUUUUGAGAAAGAGAGAAGCGUCAAUGGCAUGGGGAAACCCUAGCCGUCGCCUCCUCGUUUUCUCUUCUUUUCUUCUCUUUUUUCAAUCUUCUUUGAUUUCAAUAAUAGAAAAACAUCUUCUUAAUCUGUGUUUUCAGUUUUAUUCAUCUGUUUCUUUCCCAACGUUGUUUGGAGUUAUUAUUUUCGGUAGCGAAAUAUCGUCUGCCAAAUCCAUAUUCCCCGUCACUUUCGGUCGGGCGUUUUUGUGUGCCAAGAAGAGAUUUGCACUAAUCUCUUCAUCAAUCAAAAACAUGAUUUUCUUCUGCGCCGAUAUUGAGACGAAUCGCCCCCCUCCUGAACCACCGCCGUUUCAAGAAGAUGAGAUCAUUUGGAUUGCUUUCUUUUCGGUGGCUGGUGAAACCGGAACAAAUUCUACAGUUGGCUCCUUACCGGUGGCUGGAGAAAUCGGGAUGUUUAAGAGUUCUUUUGAUAAUUAUUGUGAUCGUAGCAGGAGCAGUCAAUCUGCAGGUAGUGUCUACUUAUUUGCGGAAUUAGCGAUUCAGCGUUUUCGAUUAGAAUUGUCCGUUUUUAUGUCUCAUCCCAUUGUAGCCUUGAGCUUUAUGAUUGUAAUUGUUCUUGUCAUCUUCAUUAAUAAUAAUUAAGUUAUUUGUUUUCAAAAAAAAAUUAUUAUCAUACUUUCUAAAUAUUGUCAAUUAUAUUAUGACUUUAAUAUUGUAAUAUUAAUACUUGAUAGUGGGAACAUAUUAAUUUUUCAGUGACUUGCUUGUAUUUAAGGGG